CGCGCAUUCAACGCACCCGCCUUCCCGCGAGCUUACCGCCACGCGCGUUCAAAUUUCGAAGUGGGUGAUUCUGAACAUUGAACAACAAACAGUGCCGCUUGAAUUGAGUGCUUUUUUAAAACUACAAUAGGAGUUUGCAUUGAUUGUCUUUGGUUGAGUUCGGGGGUGGAGCGCGAGUGGUGUGGGCCAUGUCGGCUGGCGACAGGGAAGCGGAGGCGCAGGCCAAGAAGGGCGAGGAGGGCGCAGCGCCCGAGCGGGACUCCAGGGCUGCAGCCGCGCUCAAGCAGUACUGGUGUCUGGGACUGCGCGCUGUGGAACUGGUGAUCGCCGUGAUCGCUAUUGGGCUGAUAGUUGGAGCUCUUUACUCGCCUCAAGUAGUUGAAAGGAACAUCCAGCACAUUGCUGUCAUCUACUCUGCCUACUCAAGCUUCAUCAUCAUCACGGGCGUUCUUAUCAUCGCCCGGCUACUCGGCGAGUCUGCAGGCUGGAGGACUUCCAUCGGUUUCUCUGUCAUCGGCGCCAUCAUGUUCACCGCGGCGGCUGCUGUCAUAUUCUAUGAUUGGCACAGAUCCUACUAUGCCAACCAGCGCCCCAACAAGCAAGCCUACGACCUCCUCAUCACCUCAGGAGUGUUUGGCAUCAUAAACGCAGUCGUAUUUCUCGUUCACGCCUUCUUGACAUUCAGAAAGGAAGCGGAAUAUUAAACGACACCUAAUGCUUCUUCUUUUUUGAUAAAAUUUUCUAUGUCUUUGGCCUGAUGUUGAUUUAAGGAGG